GCAGCCGCCGGUGCCGGUGCCGGUGCUGGGCUAUGGUGGCCGUCCCCGUCCCCGAGCUGUCCCCCGAGGCCUCCCGGCUCCUGGUCUCGGCGCUCCUGGCCCUCGCCGCCGGCCUCCUCCUCCUCAGCUUCCUCCCGCCCGCCCCGAAGGGGGGGCCCCCGCCAGCCAAGAAGAUGGCUCAGAGCCGGUCGGGACAUGGACACGCCGAGAACAUGGGCAUCGGCAAAGCCAUUGCCGUGCUCACGUCCGGGGGGGACGCGCAGGGCAUGAACGCAGCCGUCCGCGCCGUGGUGCGGGUGGGCAUCUACACCGGUGCCAAGGUCUACUUUGUGCAUGAGGGCUACCAGGGGCUGGUGGACGGGGGGGACAACAUCAAGGAGGCCACGUGGGAGAGCGUGUCCAUGAUGCUGCAACUGGGGGGCACGGUCAUCGGCAGCGCCCGCUGCCAGGACUUCCGCACGCGCGAUGGACGCCUCAAAGCCGCCCGGAACCUGGUGAAGCGCGGCAUCACCAACCUCUGCGUCAUCGGUGGUGACGGCAGCCUCACCGGUGCCGACACCUUCCGCGCCGAGUGGAGCAGCCUCCUGGAUGAGCUGGUCAAAGGGGGAGGGAUCACGGCGGAGGAGGCGAAGAAGUCGAGUUACCUCAACAUCGUGGGGCUGGUGGGCUCCAUCGACAACGACUUCUGCGGCACUGACAUGACCAUCGGCACCGACUCAGCGCUGCAUCGCAUCAUGGAGAUCGUGGAUGCCAUCACCACCACGGCGCAGAGCCACCAGCGGACCUUUGUGCUGGAGGUGAUGGGGCGCCACUGCGGGUACCUGGCACUCAUCACUGCCCUGGCCUGUGGUGCCGACUGGGUCUUCAUCCCCGAGUCCCCCCCUGAGGACGACUGGGAGGACCACUUGUGCCGGAGGCUGACGGAGACCCGCCUGGGCGGCUCGAGGCUGAACAUCAUCAUCGUGGCCGAAGGCGCCAUCGACAAGCACGGCAAAGCCAUCACUGCCGAUGACAUCAAGACGCUGGUGGUGAAGCGUUUGGGAUACGACACCCGGGUCACCAUCCUGGGCCAUGUGCAGCGUGGUGGGACUCCCUCUGCCUUCGACCGCAUCCUGGGGAGCCGCAUGGGGGUUGAAGCCGUCAUGGCACUGCUGGAGGCGACCCCUGAAACCCCCGCCUGCGUCAUCAGCCUCUCGGGCAACCAGGCCGUGCGCCUGCCCCUGAUGGAGUGUGUGCAGGUGACCAAAGAUGUGACGACGGCGAUGAACGAGGGCCGCUUUGAGGACGCCCUGAAGCUGCGGGGCCGGAGCUUCCAGAACAACUGGAACGUCUACAAGCUGCUGGCGCACAUCCGCCCGCCCUCCACCAAGAGUGGUUACACAUUGGCUGUGCUCAACGUGGGCGCCCCGGCCGCCGGCAUGAACGCGGCUGUCAGGUCAACCGUGCGCAUCGGGCUCAUCCACGGGCACCGCAUGCUGGCCGUGCACGAUGGCUUCGAGGGGCUCGCCGAGGGCAAGAUAGAAGAGAUCAGCUGGGACCGCGUCGGCAGCUGGAUAGGGCUGGGAGGAUCCAAACUGGGGACAAAGAGGACCUUGCCCAAGAAAUACUUUGAGGAAAUCAGCAUCAACAUCAGCAACUUCGGCAUCCAUGGACUGAUCAUCAUCGGCGGCUUCGAGGGAUUCACAGGCAGCCUGGAGCUGAUAGAGGGAAGAGCCAAGUUCGAGGAGCUCUGCAUCCCCCUCUGCGUCAUCCCCGCCACCGUCUCCAACAACGUCCCCGGCUCUGACUUCAGCAUCGGCGCCGACACCGCGCUCAACACCAUCACCACGACCUGUGACCGCAUCAAGCAGUCAGCGGCGGGGACCAAGCGCCGCGUCUUCAUCAUCGAGACCAUGGGCGGCUUCUGCGGCUACUUGGCCACCAUGGCGGGGCUGGCGGGCGGUGCUGACGCUGCCUACAUCUAUGAGGAACACUUUAACAUCCACGACUUGCAGGUCAACGUGGAGCAUCUAACUGAGAAGAUGAAGACGAUGGUGAAGAGGGGGCUGGUGCUCAGGUACGUGCCUGUGUUGGGAUGGAGGGGAGCUGAGACCGAUGCUCGUGUCACCCCCAUGAGCCCAUCUCCCUUUCCUUGGUGCAGGAAUGAGCGGUGCAACGAGAACUACACCACGGACUUCAUCUACAACCUCUACUCGGAGGAGGGGAAGGGCAUCUUCGACUGCAGGAAGAACGUGCUGGGGCACAUGCAGCAGGGUGGCACCCCGACCCCCUUCGACAGGAACUUCGGCACCAAAAUGGGUGCCAAGGCUGUGGCCUGGAUCACUGGGAAGAUCAAGGAGUGCACCCGGCACGGCCGGAUCUUUGCCAACACGAAGGACUCAGCCUGCCUGUUGGGAAUGCGCAAGCGCAGCCUCGUCUUCCAGCCCCUCAUCGACCUCAAGGAGGAGACGGACUUCGAGCACCGCAUCCCGAAGGAGCAGUGGUGGCUGAAGCUUCGCCCCAUCCUCAAGAUCCUGGCCAAGUACAACAUCGAGCUGGACACCUCGGAGAAAGCCCACCUGGAGCACAUCACACGCAAAGGGAUCGCACUCGAGUCCAACAUCUGAGA